AUGUCAAUUGUAGCCGCCUCCGCGUCGAAGAAAUCACGGCCAUCGUCAUCGUUUUCGUCGUUGCCAGACGACGUUGCAUUGAAAUGCUUAUUCCGCGUUCCGAGAUGCUACGACCUAAACCUCUCUUUGGUCUCCAAAACCCUCAGGUCGCUCGUGCGCUCGGCAGAACUCCACCGUUUGCGAUCCCAGCUCAAGUCCGUCUACGUCUCUUAUUAUUUCUAUCAAGGCAGGUUUUCACGGUCCCCUAGCUACAGCUGGAUCACUUUCCGUCCGGGUGAGAAGACCACUGACUAUCAGUUGGAGCACCGAUCUCUGUCGUCGGCGGAUGUCUCGGGCCCUUGUCUUGGUUAUGCAGUCUCCGUGGGACCAGAUAUCUAUUUCAUUGGUGGAGUCUCCGUUCCCUCCACGAAGCUUUGGAUCCUUGACACUCGAUCUGGUCAUUUACGGACGGCUCCAAGCAUGAAAGUGGGUCGGUCGGCAGAGUACAAAGUAGCUGUGGGAGUGGUUGAGGGGAAGAUAUAUGUAAUUGGAGGAAGUGAUGAAGAUAGCCAAGUGGAAGUGUUUGAUCCAGAAACACAGACCUGGGACUUCGCUGGCGAGGAGAAGGUGAAAUGUGAAUCGGAGUUUAGUGUGUCUAUGAAGCAAAAGGUUUAUAUGGUGGGCAGGGAUGGGAGAGUCAGCACGUAUAGUCCGAGAGAAGGUAUAAAAAAUGAAGCAACGGAGAUGCUAAGUUAUGUGAAGUUCUUGUGUGUGGUAAAGAAUGUACUCUACGCUUGUUUUCAGUGGAGUGGGUUAAUGUGGUUUAACACAAAGCUCAAGGUUUGGACAAGAGUGGUUGAUCGUGAUGGCAAGGAUGGGAAGUUAGAAAUGUAUUCAUUUGCUGCUCAAAAAAUGGAGGAAUUCGAGGGAAAGAUAGCGUUUUUUUGGCCACUACCUAAUAUUGAUUGCACGAAGAGUGAACUUAUCUGUAAACUGAUCGCAUUGGAUAGGGUCGGAGAAAAUAUUCGUGGGAGGAUUGAGUGGUCUGGUAUUGUGGCCACCUUGCCGCGUAACAUUCGUUUGAAGGAUUGUUUAGUUGUUUCCGGUUGA